AUGCCCAGCCCCGGGCAGCGAGGCUGCCGGCCGCCCGCUACCUCGGGCGCCCGGGUCCAGCGCCCGCGCUCCAGCUGCUCUCCCGCGCCCGCGUCUCCCGCGCCCGCGUCCCCCGCGCUGCCGCGCCGCUCGGCAGGCCCAGGCCCACCCCGUGCAACCGGACGCCUCGAGUCCUCCUUCUCUGUCGAGGCCAUCCUGGCCAGACCCGACCGCCGUGCGCCCGCCAUCUCCUCUCUGUCUGUCUCCGCCGGCGCUGCCGGGGGCCUCUGGACCGCGCCCGCCCGGCCUCCCGCUCCGGCUCUGCCCAGCGCGUACCCGGCUACGUGGCUGCCCGCCUACCUGAACGCGGGGCUCGACCAGCGGUGCCCCCAGCUCCCGGUGCUGCGGCUGCGCACCGCCCACUUUUGCGGCCUCCAGGGCCUCGGCGUCACAGGCUUGGAGCUGGCUCACUGCCUAGGCCUCUGGGGUCCCCGCAACUGGGCCCAAGCUCAGGACCUUCAGGACACUGAGAGAUCCCAAAAGAGGGUCCGAACCAUGUUUAACUUGGAGCAGUUGGAAGAGUUGGAGAAAGUGUUUGCAAAACAGCACAAUCUAGUGGGGAAGAAGAGAGCCCAGCUGGCAGCCCAGCUCAACCUUACAGAGAACCAGGUGAGGGUCUGGUUCCAAAACCGCAGGGUUAAGUAUCAGAAGCAGCAAAGGCUGAGACUGCCAGCUGCAUCUGCCAUGGCUGCCUCCCCGGAUGAGCCCUCCAGCAGCUCCAACACCACCAUCCAGAGAGAAGAUGCAGAGUCAGGAGUGGACAGCUGA